UAAAACGAUUUAACUAUGAACUCAUUCCUUAUUUUCAGCAGCGUACCACAACGCUUUCCAUCAAAUCGUAAAAGAACAACACACAGGAUAGUUUCCAAAACUGGUUUGUUUAAUAUUGAAAAGUGGAAACAGCACAAAUACCAUGCGUUUCCCGACAUUGUCUCCAUUUUCAUCGAAGCGAGGUGGCGAUGGACCCUGGUGUACUGCUUCCUCACUUACAUGUCUACCUGGUUGAUAUUCGCGGGCAUCUGGUGGCUCAUACUCUUCUACCAUGGAGACUUCGAAGACGACCACUUACCGCACUCAUCCAAUACUACAGACUGGACUCCGUGUGUGCGGGAGAUCUACGGGUUCACUUCCACAUUUCUCUUCAGCAUCGAGAUCCACACCACGAUCGGCUACGGCACCAGGUCCUUGACCCUGGAGUGCCCCUCGGCCAUGUUCACCAUGUGCAUGGAGGGCAUCGUCGGCACCAUCAUGCAGUCUUUCAUCAUCGGGAUCGUGUUCGCUAAGCUGACAAGGCCGAAGGGACGCGCGCAGACUCUUAUGUUCUCGAAGAAUGCUCUCAUCAAUCAAAGGGACCGCCAUCUCUGCCUGAUGUUUCGGGUCGGUAACAUUCGGAAGUCCAGGAUCAUAUCCGUCAACUUCCAGGCUUACCUCCUGAGGCACCAGACGAGGCAGGGCGACCAGCUGAACGGGAGACAACUCAAACUGGACUUGUUGGUUGACGCGUGCAAUGACAACAUUUUCAUGUUCCCUUUUUCAGUUUUGCACAGAAUAGAUGAGAACAGUCCCUUGUAUUUUGUAUCGGCAGAAGAUUUGUUGAGAUCCAAGUUGGAGAUUCUUGUAGUUCUAGAGGGCACGAUAGAGUCGACUGGGCAGCCCGUGCAGUUGCUGUCUAGUUACAUCAACAAGGAGAUACUGUGGGGCCACCGCUUCGUCAACAUGAUAAAGUUCAGACACGACAAACAGGGGUAUGAAAUAGAUUAUUCAAAAUUUGAUGAAACUAUUCAAGUCAACACUCCACUGUGUGCAGCCAGCCAGCUACACGAGUUUUAUAUGGACAACAUUAGAUAUAAUUACAGUAAAAAUUCAACACACAAACAUAUCUGUUGCUGUGGAUCAUGUAAAAAUCUGGUAUACGCGCAUGAUGGACCAGCACUCUACAGUUAAUGUAUUUUAUAAUUUUAUUAACGAUAAAUUCAAUUCCACUAUAAGUUUUUUUAGUUCCACUAAGUCAUGAUACAUUGUCUUCAUAGCCCUCAUGUGUAUUUGUAAAGUUGCUACCUUCAUUUUCACUUUCAUUAUUUCCAAAGCACAGUUUUGUAUGUCACUGUUGAUUUUUAGUAAAAUCUUUUCGUUUUCUUUA